AUGCUGCCGGAUAUUAACCGAACUGACAUGGAAAACGCCGAAUCAUCUUCCGGGUACUCAUCGAUGUUAACGUCGCCGCAAAGUUCCGACGAGGAUUCAUUGCUGAAGACAAUAAGGAGCAAGACACAACUAGAGCUGCGAAGUCCUCUAAGUUCAAAUCGCCACGUGGAUUACUUGGAAACAGAUGAAGAGGUGGAAAUCCAGGAAGACGAAGAGGAGGAAUGUGAAUUCAGACCUGUACACGAUCCCAACGAAUUGGAGCCUCAUAAAGAGUGGUACCAGAAGCUUCUAAUGUUCGGAGUCGAGUUCAAGCAAGGCCUGCGUGGACCAUUCCCUCCGUUUCCUCCUCCACCACUUCCAUCGGCAAUGAUAGCGGCGAGUAGAGCGAUUUCGUAUAACGCUUUUGAAGCCGUCAAGAAAGCGGCGACUAGUUUAUCAGCAAGAUCUCCAAACACAACUUCACUCGAAAAUCGCGCUCAGCGAUUCAGUCCUUCGGAUUUUCAGCCACUUCCACCGCCGCAUGUCUAUCUGCAAAUGAUCAGGACCUUGGCGCCCCAUCAGUAUAUCGAUUUGACCUAUGCGCUUGCUGGAUCAGUCCUUCUUGAGAUGGGUGUCAAGGUUCCGGAAGCCUAUCCGCCGUUGCCACCGAAAAUCGAACCGUUUCGCGAUUUGGAAGCUGAGGAGCGCGCUCAUUUGACAGAAAUGUCGUCGCAAUCUUCAUCGGAAGGCGAGUAUUCCGAUGCGUCCGAGCACUCAAGGUUUUUAGACAAAUUGAAGAGAAGGAAGAAUCGGGAGAGGAGAGCUGCUCGCGAGAUUCGAAUCGCCGCCAAACAGCUUCACGAGCCUUCGAUUUGUGUCAAUGAUGCGGAGGAGAUGAAAAAGGAGACGUUUUCCAGAGAAAGUGUCUACAAGGAAGGGCUUCCCUUCCCUUCUCCACCAUUCAUCCCACCUCCACCGGUGCUGAUCCCGAUUCCAUACCCAGUCGAUGUUCCAUUCGAUCCGCCUAUAAUGUGUGUGCCGAUCUCGAUGUAUCUAUUGUCGCCUCCUGAAACGCCAUCGUCUUCUACUUUGUCACUUCACAACAAUAAUCAACUCAGCGAAAUCGAGAAGCUACAAGAUAAUGUGUCUCUGUUGGAGCUGAGAAAGAAGGACUAG